CGGCAUCAACCAGAAAGAGAACCACCCCUCAAGAGCGACAAAGAAAAACCAAAAUUCAAUCCGUCGAGGCUGAGAGACGAUGUGCUCACCCUGUGCUCUUCCUUACGUAGAGGAUUCACGCUCGCCUGCACGAAGCACAGAGAGCUCUCCUGCCGACUGUCUCCAGUCUAUUUUUGCGCAUGUCUCGUGUAGACAAGGAAUCGCCCAGAACAACGCCACCGGCAUGGCGACAACACACUGAACCGGUAACAAACUCAGCUUCACUGCUGCGCCCACGUCUGCAGUCUUUUAAUUUUGACGAUUCGUCUACCUUCCUCGCCAUGAGGCCGUAGAUGCAAAUCCUUUUCGUGACUUCUCCUUCCUCUCUUCUGUCUCCCGACUCGUCUCGCGCCCUUCGUACAGCUCGACCGUUUGUUUACACCCGCACAUACUCCUGACUCUUCAUCUCGCCAUCCAUCGACGAACGAGUCCCACACGAUGCGGCAAGCGCUGAGCACACUGCAGAAGGUGAAAACGGGCGUACAUACGCUGCAGGCUCUGUUGAUAUUCGUUGCUGCUUGCAUAACGUUGGCUGUUUUUGUUCAGCAAGGCAGCACAGAUGGCAGGACGAAAUGGUUCUUCGCAGUGUGCUGGCUCUCGAUACCAGCCCUGAUAUAUCUUGUUGCCGUGCCGAUAUGGUCAAGGGCAGCCAAUGUCGCCAAAGCGAUGUGGUUUGCCAUAGUUGACGUGCUCUUUGCUAUCUUUUGGCUUGCUGCGUUUGCCGCGGUGCUAUCAUGGAACAGAGAUGGCACUAUACAAGGCGCCAAGGACAAGAAAAUUCCUACCGAUCAGGCAAAUUGCACGACGUUUGCGUACGGCACGGAAAAGAAGUGCUCUCUCUCUUACAGUGCCAGCAGCGUUGGCGUCGUCAUAUUCUUGCUCUUCCUCAUCUCGUCCGGCAUAUCAAUCUUCUACACGGUCAAGGUGAAGAAGAACCCGCAAAUGGACGAUCCAUGGCUUGCGCCCGAGUCAGCUCAGCCAUACAAACCAGCCAUGAACGAUGCGGAACUCGGUGAUCCAAAGGAUCCGGUGUGGGACGCGAACACGCAGGACAUCGAUGGCCCCCACGAUGCAGACAGCGAUGACGGGCGGAUGGAUGGACGACACUACGGAACUGACACGGAGGAUGGGCGACACCCGGGUCAGCCAGUGCAAUGGGGUGGCCAUGGACCAUUUGACGACGCUCAUGCUGUGCCUCCGUAUGAAGAUACCGAGUACCGCGGUGCGAGCAGCUACCAACCGCCAAGCGCGCUGAGCCCAACCAACGUUUAUAGUCCCCAAAAUCGAGAUGCUCCAGAGUAUGGGAGCUCCCGCAGUAGGCAGACAGGUGGAUACUCGUUCAGUGCGCCGCAUACGGAUGCAUGAAGGCGACAUGAAGGGGGAAUGCAUUUUCCAUGUUUUACCUGCAAGAGCAGACUAGCGGGUGCAUCAAAGUUAUGUUGUCAUUGUUGCUUAGCGGCCAUGGUUUCCUUAAAUACCCGAAUACGACCACAUUGCCUGUAUGCUGGACAGCUCAACCGGG